AUGCACCACACAUCCUGUUUGGGGCUGGGCUUCUGCAGUUUGAAUUCUUCUGGCUUUUCUAUGGACAAAGCGUUCUUAUCCACAAUGAGCAAAUUGGAUUCCCGGGCUAGCAACAUCGACGCGACGGGCCGCCGCAUGGCCCCCCACACCUCAUCGAAACGGCCCCCAACUCCAGAAGCCGGCCGCCGCCCGACCCAAUCCCGCUACAGCGCGGACGCGCUAACACGUUGCGGAUUUUUUUUUCAGAUUAAGAAGGGUUUUACUGAAGGGCUCAAUCCGAAGGGAUCCAAACUCUUAAACCGCUUCCGUUGCCGCGCGCCCUCCCUUUCGAUGGGGCGGCCGUAA